GUGUAUAGCUUCCCAUUCAAUUCUUGUAUUGCCCUGCUGUGCAGUUCCCACUCUCCAAUUCUAGUUUUAAUACCCUCCGACGACUUUCACCAUGCGUUUCUUGAGCCUCUUUCUCGCCGUUGCCGCCUUUGCUGCCUCAGCUCUGGCUCUGACUAUCGUUCAGCCUAAGGCCGGUGAUAAGGUUGACUUCAGCCAGUCCUACGAAUUCAAAUGGAACACGGUCUCUUCUGAUCCGGACGAGGUCACCUUGGUCCUGGUCAAUAUGGCCUCCCAGCCGACUGUCAACAAGCCUAUCGCCCAGAAUGUCAAGGUCUCAGCUGGCUCCUACAAGGUGGACAAGAUCACCGGAAUCCCUGUUGCUGAUGGCUAUCAAUUGAAUGCCAUCGCCAACACCACCCAGAACACUGGCAUUUUGAGCCAGUCAAACCAGUUCAAUGUCACUAAAGUUGGCAAAGUCGAGACGGCCACAGCAUCUGCCACUACUGCCACCAAGACCGCCGCCUCCGCCACUGCCUCGGCGGGAGCUGCCUCGAACGCGAUCACGCUGAGCGGUCCGCUCGCGGUGCUCAGCGCCCUCGUGAUGAGCGUCUUCGCCGGAGCCCUGUAAGCGCCAACGGUACCUUCCAUCGUCCAGCCUGCCUCAGGUACUGUACAAUGGCACAAGCCACCGUUAACAUCGAAUUCGCAACUUCACCCCGAACCGCCACCAGAUUCGGGAAGGGUUAACGACUCCU